GAUGCGCCGCCAUUACGCAUCGAGGGGAAGGUCGCGUGGCAGAGGACAAGGCACGAUCUCCCAGACACUAUUUAGGCGUUUACUCUAUUUAAAUCGGUUGUAUUCCAUCGAUUGGUGUUGCCGUUGUGAGACGCACUGAACUCCACUCAAAAUGGUAAAGGAGGAACACUCGGAGCCUGAACAGAUGCGCAAGCUGUUCAUUGGUGGAUUAGACUAUCGUACCACUGAUGAGAGCUUGAAGGCAUACUUCGAACAGUACGGCGAGAUUGUUGAUGUUGUUGUGAUGAAAGACCCCAAGACAAAGCGCUCAAGAGGGUUUGGGUUUGUGGCCUUUUCUCAAGCAUACAUGGUCGAUGAGGCACAGAAAAACAGACCUCACAAGAUUGAUGGGAGGUCUGUCGACAAAGCGUGCUGUCCUCGAGAUGAAAUUGGGAAGCCUGAGUCUGGGGUCACAGUCAAGAAGCUGUUCGUAGGUGGUAUAAAGGACGAUGUAGAUGAGGAGGAUCUACGAGAAACCUUUGGCAAGUUUGGAACAGUAGUGUCUGUGAGCAUCCCAACAGAGAAGGAAUCACAGAAGAAGAGAGGCUUCGCUUUUGUAGAGUUUGAGGAUUAUGAUGCUGUAGAUAAGGCAUGCUGUGAGUGCCUGCACAAGAACAUUCAGAUGAAGGGGAAGCGUGUAGAUGUCAAGAAGGCCCUAAGCAAGAAUGAAAUCCAGAUGCAGCAGCGUGGCCGAAUGGGUGGCAUGGGGUUGGAAUGGGUAGAGGUGGUGGCGGAAAUGGACCUUGGGCUGGUGGUCGGAACGACAAUUGGGGAAACAACCAGAGCGGUGGAUGGGGAGAUAAUCGUGGAGGUUGGGGCAACAAGGCAACUAUGGCACUCCUAACCAGAGUGGCCAGGUGGUACACAACCAGGGUGGCUAUGGCAACCAAGGCCCAUGGCAAGGUGGUCCCCCCAACAACCAGGGUUGGAACAACCAAACCAACCAGGGUUGGGGCCCACAAGCUGGUAACUAUGGUGGCACACCAAACAACUGGGGUCAGGGACCUAGCGACUUCGGCAACAACUACGGACAGAGCUAUGGUGGUGGACCCAUGAGGAACCAGGGAUAUGGACAGACCAACAGGCCAGCACCGUACAGUGCCGGUGGAGCUCCAGGCUACAACAACCCUGGUCCUAACAACUAUGGAGGUGCUGCAAACAUGAACCAGGGCCCCAACAGACGAUACUAGACUUUUGCUGGUACAUAGCAGGUUAGCCAUGCAGGCAGGCAGACAGGCAGGGCUUGAGUCAGGGCCCCAGAACAGUCAGGAUAUGCUAGGACUGAGGCAGGCAAGCUGAGCUAGGGUCAUAGGGAGGCCGACAGGCUCCUCGACACCAAGAUAAAGCGAGCCAGUGUCAAGAAACAUUCCAUUCGUCGCAUGGACUAGCCACUUGCCUCCAUUGUAGGAAAAAUAUGAACACUGGAAAAUUUAAAAGAUAUUUUCUCUGUACUUGCAUUUUAUAUAUUUAGGAUAAUGUGUAGAAGUGUCAACUAUCUCAAUAUGGAAUUAACCAAAGCAUAGUCAGUUCUUUGUAAUGUGUGUGCAGCAUUGUAUUUUCAUUUUACAAAUAAAUUAAUCCUAAGAA